UUGCUUUGCUGAAUGCCUGGAAGUAAGAACAGGACAUUAUAGUAGUUGCAGACGGCAUGUACUUUGUGCUCUGUCCAAACCACAGUGAGACCUUCAUUGUCACUCGAUUCUUGUUCACUAUUUUUCACCUAAAAGCAACCCAAUGCUCCUAUACAUCUCCACUUUAUAAUUUGUAUGCUAAAGAAAGCAUAAGAUGAAUGUGUACCUCAUUUUCAAAACCUUCGCAAAACCCCAAAUAAAAAAAGCCUGCAAAACCAUUCCAAUCCAGUUCUAUCUUCAAUUCCACACUCACAAUCCUCUCUAUCAGUCCCGUGCCAUUGCCUUAAACUUUCAAGAGCCUAUUUUGGACCUUAAACGCCCACUAGCACUGCACAUGUUUGAUUUAAGUCCCCAAAAAGGCUUUCUACAGUGCAAUCACUUGCUUUUUGAGUUCUCUCGUAAUAAUUCGCACCAUGAAGUUGCUAAUCUAUUUUUGGGUAUUCAUCGUUCUGGGUUUUCCAUUGAUGGGUCAACCCUUUCUUGUGUUCUGAAAGCUUGUGCAUGCUUGUUUGAUGAAAACAUUGGGAUUCAGGUGCAUAAUUAUUGUGUAAAAUCUGGUUUUUUUGACGAUGUCAGUGUUGGUACUUCUCUCAUUGACAUGUAUUUCAAGAAUGAGAGUGUUGAAGAGGGGAGGAGAGUUUUUGAUGAAAUGGGAGUGAGGAAUGUGGUAUCAUGGACCUCUUUGCUUGCAGGUUAUGCACAGAAUGGACUGAAUGUUGAGGUGUUGAAGUGCUUUUUUAGAAUGCAAGCAGAGGGGAUUAAGCCUAACUCAUUUACAUUUGCAACUGUUCUUGGAGCGUUGGCAGAUAAAGCUAUAGUUGAGAAGGGAGUUCAAGUUCACACAAUGGUAAUAAAGAACGGGUUUGAGACAACUAUAUCUGUUUGCAAUUCGUUGAUUAGUAUGUACUCACAAUCGGGAAUGGUUAGAGAUGCUAGAGCUGUUUUUGACGGUAUGGUGGAUAGGAAUGAUGUUAGUUGGAACAGUAUGGUUGCUGGUUAUGUAACAAAUGAGCUUCAUUUGGAAGCUUUUGAGAUGUUUUAUUAUCUGAGACUUUCUGGAGUAAAUCUCACCAAUGUGGUUUUUGCCUCCAUUAUUAAGUCAUGUGCUAAUAUCAAGGAAUUGGGUUUUGCUAGGCAGCUCCAGUGUCAGGUGUUAAAGGGUGGGUUUGAAUUUGAUCACAAAGUUAGGACAGCACUGAUGGUAGCUUACAGCAAGUGCAAAGAUAUGGAUGAUGCUUUUAAGAUAUUUUCAAUGAUGCAAGGAAUUCGAAAUGUGGUUUCAUGGACGGCCAUGAUUAGUGGGUACUUACAGAAUGGUACAGCGGAGCAAGCUGUGAACCUCUUUUGUCAAAUGAGCAGGGAAGGUGUUAGACCAAAUGAUUAUACUUUUUCUACUAUUCUUGCUGCUCAACCAUUUGUUUCUCCUUCUGAAGUACAUGCUCAAGCCAUCAAAAGUAACUAUGAGAAGUCACCUUCUGUUGGAACUGCACUUUUAGAUGCUUAUGUCAAGCUAGGAAAUAUUGUUGAAGCUUCAAAAGUCUUUAAAAGAAUAGAUGAGAAGGACAUUGUGGCAUGGUCAGCAAUGAUAGCUGGAUAUGCUCAAACAGGAGACACUGAGGGAGCUGUUAAGAUAUUCAUCCAAAUGGCAAAGGAUGGGGUUGAACCUAAUGAGUAUACCUUCUCCAGUGUAAUAAAUGCAUGUUGUUCCCCUACAGCAGCAGUAGAACAAGGAAAACAGUUGCAUGCCUGGUCAAUUAAGUUGAGGUUUAACGAUGCUUUAUGUGUUAGCAGUUCUCUUGUCACCAUGUAUGCAAAGAGAGGGGACAUUGAGAACGCAAAUGAAGUUUUCAAAAGACAAAGGGUGAGAGAUUUAGUUUCUUGGAAUUCAAUGGUCUGUGGAUAUGCACAGCAUGGCAAUGGGAGGAAAGCUCUUGAGGUAUUCAAGGAGAUGCAAAAGCAAAACUUGAAAAUGGAUGGUGUGACAUUCAUUGGUGUCUUUUCUGCUUGCACGCAUACUGGAUUAGUGGAUGAAGGUCAAAGAUACUUCGACAUAAUGGUGAAAGAUCACCACAUUGAGCCAACAAUGGAGCACUAUUCUUGCAUGGUUGAUUUAUAUAGCCGGGCUGGAAUGCUUGGAAAAGCCAUGGAUAUCAUAAAUAAAAUGCCAUUUGUUGCGGGGGCAACUGUGUGGCGAACUCUCUUGGCUGCUUCCCGUAUUCACCGCAAUGUAGAGCUGGGAAAGCUUGCAGCAGAAAAGCUCAUAUCUCUCCAGCCACAAGACUCAGCGGCAUAUGUUCUACUUUCCAACAUAUAUGCUGCAGCAGGAAAUUGGCCAGAAAGAACCAAAAUAAGGAAAUUGAUGGAUGAAAGAAAAGUGAAAAAAGAAGCUGGGUACAGCUGGAUUGAGGUGAAAAAGAAGACCUACUCAUUUUUGGCUGGUGACGUUUCUCAUCCCAUGUCAGAUGAAAUUUAUUCAAAACUAGCAGAACUAAGUACCCGAUUGAAGGGUGCUGGUUACCGGCCUGAUACCAAUUAUGUGCUUCAGGAUGUUGAUGAGGAACAUAAAGAAACUAUUCUUUCUCAACAUAGUGAGAGGCUGGCUAUUGUUUUUGGAUUAAUUGCCACACCUGCAGGAACUCCUCUCCAGAUUGUGAAGAACCUAAGAGUCUGUGGAGACUGCCACACAGUUAUUAAGUUAAUAUCGAUGAUUGAGGAGAGAUAUAUUAUAGUCAGGGAUUCGAACCGCUUCCAUCACUUUAAAAGAGGUUUGUGCUCAUGUGGUGACUAUUGGUGAGGGCUCCUUGGCUUUUUUAAUUUGGAAACCUACAAUGGAGCCCUGAGGACAAGACCAGCCUCAGUGUGAGGACCCACAUCAUGCUCAUAUGCUGCAAUCACUGGAAAUAGAACCACAGAGUGAUGCAGUGAUUUAAAUCUUCCGCUUGAUAGGUUUAUGGUAAAGUCUAUGCAACACAAUUGAUUGUGUUGGAUGGGAUUCUUGUAAUGAGAAUGAAUGUGUUGGAUUUUCACAUCAGAAAGAGCAACUUAAAUCAAGUUUAAAAGAAACAGUGGGGACGAUAACAUCAGCAGACAGAUAAACGUUUUGGACAAUUGGAAUCUUUUAAGAAUAGAAUUUUGUAAAAACAUGGUGAAAAACGUAAAAACUGCCAUGUUUCUAUAA